AUGGAAUUUACCCCAUGUCACCCUCAACCAUUCACGUUUCAGCAAGCUAUCUCCUUCGAUCCCGAAGUUUCUGCCGAUGAGAUCAGUCGUCUUCAAAACUCAAUUUCCCAUCUAAAACGCACGCAAGAAGAACUCCAGGAAUAUGCAGACGACCCAGACAUCGCACAAGCAAUCAAAGAAAACAACCAGACGUUAGCAUCGCAAGAUGAGCGAAUAUUCAUGCUCAAAUUGGCGCUCACUCAGCGUGGA